UUUCUCAUUUAAACGGCGAUGGUUCGUGGGUGUUUUUAAUCAAACAAAAUAGGAAGUUGCAAAAUAUUAAUAGGCGAAUUUGUGCAUCCAGUUAUUAAUGCAAAAUGAAUCCAUUAGUGAUAACAAUAUUACUGUGAACGUGCUUUAAAUAAUUUAUGGAUAAUUUUUUCUACAAGUUGCAAGUGAUUUUUCAGCUAAUUUAUUCUUUAGUUAUGAUUGUUUUUAGCGCUUUUAUCAUUUUGGCUUUAGUGAAAAUUGGACAUUUCCAAGAGCAAUUAAGCCUAGAAGAAUGUUUUGACAAAUACGAAAGGGGUAUCUAUCCCCAUCCAGACGACUGUACCCAAUUUCUUUCUUGUGCCACCACUGACCCUCUAGACUGUCCUGCAGGUCUACAUUUUAAUCCAACUGAAUUUGUGUGCGAUUGGCCUGCUAAUGCUGGAUGCAUGAAAGUGACCACGCCUAAUCCAGAGGAUACUCCUCCACCGCCAACCGAUUCACCUGAGAAGCCUAGUGAAAAUGUCGAAGCAUCAACUCCCAGUGUAACUCAGGAACCAGCUAAAUCAGAUCAGCCAAGUCUACCUCAAGAAACUACAUCAAAUGCUCCAACUUCCGCUGCAUCAGACAAACCGAGUGGACCCCAGGAAACUACUCCUAAAGCUAGUACGCCUCCUGAAGCGGAGCAAUCUAGUGAACCACCAGAAACAACAUUAAAAGCUUCUACUCCCUCUGAAUCUGAACAGCCAAGUAAACAACCAGAAACUACACCAGCGGCUUCAACUCCAGCUGAAACGAAUCAACCUAGUGAACCCCAAGAAACUACGCUUAAAGCAAGUACUCCUGCUGAAUCAGAAAAACCAAGUGAACCUCAGGAAACUACACCUAAAGCAAGUACUCCGGCUGAAUCAGAAAAACCAAGUGAACCUCCAGAAACUACACCUAAAGCAAGUACUCCGGCUGAAUCAGAAAAACCUAGUGAACCUCAGGAAACUACACCUAAAGCAAGUACUCCAGCUGAAUCAGAACAAUCCAGUGAACCUCAGGUAACUACUCCUAAACCAAGUACUCCAGCUGAAUCAGAACAACCCAGUGAACCUCAAGAAACUACCCCUAAAGCAAGUACUCCGGCUGAAUCAGAAAAACCUAGUGAACCACAGGAAACUACCCCUAAACCAAGUACUCCGGCUGAAUCAGAAAAACCUAGUGAACCACAGGAAACUACACCUAAAGCAAGUACUCCGGCUGAAUCAGAAAAACCUAGUGAACCUCAAGAAACUACCCCUAAACCAAGUACUCCAGCUGAAUCAGAACAACCCAGUGAACCUCAAGAAACUACCCCUAAACCAAGUACUCCAGCUGAAUCAGAACAACCCAGUGAACCUCAAGAAACUACCCCUAAAGCAAGUACUCCGGCAGAAUCGGAAAAACCUAGUGAACCACAGGAAACUACACCUAAAGCAAGUACUCCGGCUGAAUCAGAAAAACCUAGUGAACCUCAGGAAACUACACCUAAAGCAAGUACUCCAGCUGAAACAGAACAACCCAGUGAACCUCAAGAAACUACUCCUAAAGCAAGUACUCCUGCUGAAUCAGAAAAACCUAGUGAACCUCAGGAUACUACACCUAAAGCAAGUACUCCAGCUGAAUCAGAACAACCCAGUGAACCUCAAGAAACCACCCCUAAAGCCAGCACUCCGGCCGAAUCAGAUAAGCCAAGUGAACCUGCAGAAACUACCCCUAAAGCAAGUACUCCCUCUGAAUCAGAAAAACCUAGUGAACCUCAAGAAACUACUCCUAAAGCCAGUACUCCAGCCGCAUCAGAUCAGCCAAGUGAACCUGCAGGAACUACCCCUAAAGCAAGUACUCCUUCUGACUCAGAACAGCCGAGUGAACCCCAGGAAAGUACACCAAAAGUUUCAACGCCUUCUGCAUCAGAGCAACCAAGUGAGCCACAUGAAACCACACCGAAGGCUGGCGCCCCGUCUGAAUCAGAGUUACCAGAAACUACUCCUAAGGCUUCAAUUCCUUCACAAUCCGAGCAUCCAAGUGAACAUCCACCUAUUUCUGAGGCACCCUCUAAGGUAACCCCAUGUGGCCCCGACAGUCCUCAACCAUGCGAGGAACCUUCUCAAAUUCCACCUGGAGAACCCACAGAGCCAGGUAUGGAUAAUCAACCUCCUCCUCCUGCGCCUACAACACCGUGCGAUCCGAAUCUCGAUGGGUCUUGUCCUGAACCGUCGCCGCCAGCUCGAGAACCAAUAACUGAACCUCCAUCUCCUGAAGAAUUCGAUGUUGAAACUAGAUUCAAAGAAGCUUCACCUGAACCUGAGGAAUCGGACAAAGAACCAAUGCCUGAGCCUCCUCCGCAGCCUCCUCCAGGUGGUCUUACUCUUAAGGAAUGCAUCACUAAAUAUAAAUUUGGAAUUUUCCCACAUCCAACUGAUCCGACUAAGUUCUUUAUUUGCACUAAAAUCAAGCCUUUGGAAAUGACUUGCCCAGUGGGGCUUAUAUUUGAUCAAACUUCGUAUAGCUGCGAUAGGCCUAAGCCUUCACCACCACCACCUCCACCAGCCCUCAACCUACGUGAUUGUUUGACUGAACACCCAAGAGGCUUGUUUUCACAUCCCACUGAUUGCAGUAGGUUCUAUGCUUGCUCCAGGCGUGGCCCGGUCGAGAUGAUGUGUCCAGGAGGUCUCCAUUUCAACCCUAUUAAAUGUGUUUGCGAUUUUCCUUCUAGACACUGUGUUAGUCCUGAGGCCAAAACAAGAGAUCAAAUUUUCAGGACGAUGAAAGGAGACAAGAUUGUUCCAGAUGUAGUAGAUCGUUGUCCGGAGAAACUAGCAGAAGUGGCAUUCCCUAGUGGGGGCCAAGUUGACUUAGGCAAAGAGCUAACUCCAUCUCAAACACUCAAGCCGCCAAGUAUUUAUUGGGAAGCAGACAAAAAGUCUUUCUACACUCUCUGCAUGGUGGAUCCAGACGCGCCCAAAGCAAAAGAAUCUAAAUUCAACGAAUGGAACCAUUGGACGGUUGGAAAUAUACCUGGAAAUAAUAUUAAAAUGGGACAACCUUUGGUGGAUUACUUACCGCCAUGUCCUCAAAAGAAUUCACAACCUCAUCGUUACACUUACAUGGUUUAUAAGCAACCCAGUAGGAUCAACUUUAAUGAACCAAGAGUACCGGCGAAUUCUUUCCAAAACCGCGAUGGAUUUUCUAUUAGGAAUUUUGCCCAAAAAUAUCAAUUAGGACAGCCAAUAGCUGGCAAUUUCUUCAAAUGUAGAUGGGAUCGGUCUGUACCCAACGUUUUGGAAAAACUACAGUUCCAGCCGCCACAGUUUCAGAUGUAUUAUGGACCUAGAGCCGGAGGCGCAAAUAGAAUGAAUUCGAAUUCAUAUUCUUACUCUUAUAGUUUCAGGAUAUAAUUUUUUUUUUGUAUUAAACAUAAAAAAAUAAAUAUUUAUCUUUGUAUGACUUUUAUGG